AUGGAACCGACGGAAACGCCGUUGGAGCCGGUGGCUCAAUUUGGCGAGGAAUUUGUUCACGUCGAUGACCCCCAGCCUCCCGGAGAUAUCUCGUUGAGCGAUAGCAUAGUGAAUGUGGAGGAGGAAGAACAUAGCGAUUCCGGUUCAGUGAUAACCGGCGUCGAUUCAAUCGGCGAAUCUGGUGAUAUCGGUGACGAUGAUAUCUGCGUUCGAGCGGAGGAUGACGGAGAGCGUUCGGUGGAGACGGCGAAACUGGAGCUUCCUGAGGAAUUCGCGAAAAGCGUUACGGUUCUAACGUGCGACUCGAAAGAGGAAGGCGGAUCUUGCGAUGUCUAUUUGAUUGGCACUGCUCAUGUCUCACAGGAAUCAUGUCGAGAAGUUGAAGCUAUAGUCAGCUUCAUGAAACCACAAGCCGUCUUCGUCGAGUUGUGUCCAAGUCGAUUGUCUGUUCUCACACCUCAGACUUUGAAGGUUCCGACCGUGUCGGAAAUGAUAGACAUGUGGAAGAAGAAUCACAACACAUUCGGAAUAGUUUACGGAUGGUUUCUUGCAAAGGCACAUGCUUCCUCUAUCGCAAGCAAGCUUGAUGUUUUGCCUGGCGCUGAGUUUCGUGUGGCAUAUGAAGAGGCUAACAAAUAUGGUGGCAAGGUGAUUCUAGGUGAUCGUCCAGUACAGAUCACGUUGAAGAGAACAUGGGCUAAAAUGCCUCUAUGGCACAAAGUAAAGUUUUUGUACAGCUUAGUGUUUCAAGCUGUCUUUCUACCGAGCCCUGAGGACCUUGAGAAGAUGCUGAAAGAUAUGAACGAUGUGGAUAUGCUGACUUUGGUGAUUCAAGAAAUGAGCAAAGAGUUUCCAUCUCUCAUGGAUACACUUGUGCAUGAGCGAGAUAAGUACAUGUCAUGUAUGUUGCUAAGAGUUGCAAGUGAGCAUAGCUCGGUGGUGGCAGUUGUUGGUAGAGGGCAUCUUCAAGGGAUCAAGAAGAACUGGAACCAACCUAUAAAUAUGAAGGAUUUGUUGGAGAUACCGACGAAUGAAUCAUUUUUUACUCUAAAGAAUAUUCUGAAAUCUCUGACGAUUGUAGUCGCCGGGACAGCCAUAGUUUCACGCAUAUAUCUUGCAAGCAGAAGUUAA